AAAUGAGAAAACGCCUUAAGAUAAUUAAUUGUAACAAGAAUGCAGCUCAAAGGAUCUCAAUUUGAACUAAGAGUUUGUACAACAUAUUGGAACUCUAAUCUAUAAUCAGCGCUCGGUUUACUAGAUGCGCAACUGUCUCAUCUCAAUGGGUUCCUAUUCAUUUUGGUCGAGGAGUUCUCUCCAGUAAUAUCAAAUGUAAUGAAAGCGUUGAUUUAUGCUUUACUUGCGUGCUUUUUACUGGAUGCAGACGUUUCGGCUGUUUUGUUGGUUAAAGACCUCUCAUCAAGAACUUCUGUUGAAGAGUUUGAGGAUUCGGAAGCACUCUUUGGUAGAGCAGUUUCUAAGGGAUCCUUGAUACUAGGACGAAUUCAUGCAUCUGAACCACUAGAUGGCUGUAUAGACCGAAUACCCAAACCUAAAAAUGCGUCCAAUUCAACUCUUCCUUACAUCUCACUCAUCAAACGUGGGAACUGCUCUUUUGUAGAUAAGGCUAUAGCGGCCGAAAAAGGUGGAUAUAUUGCAGCUGUUAUUUUCAAUGAUGCGGAUGACAGUACUUUCCCAAUGGGGUACAAUUCAUCCACAAAUGUCGGUAUUCCUGCAGUCAUGGUUGGUUUAUCUGACGGUGAGCUCUUACUGAAUAAGUACUGGGAGUCACGUUAUUUUGUUGAAAUCUUACCUACUCAUCGCCGAAGUAUCCUGUUAUAUCUUAUUCCACUUAUAACAUGUCUGCUGAUAUCUGUAGUCGCACUAAGUGUGGCAUAUGGGAUUCGGUUUUUGAAUCAAUACCGAAGAAGAUAUCGAUAUUGCUUACCAGCCAAAGAGUUACGUAAAAUACCUGAAACUUUAUUUACUAAAGACUCCAGUGAAUUUGAAACUUGUGCGAUUUGUUUAGAAGAUUAUAAAGAUGGUAAUAAAUUGAGAGUAUUACCAUGUAGGCACGCUUACCACAGUAAAUGUGUAGAUCCAUGGCUUUUAAAACGUCGUGGUGUUUGUCCUAUAUGUAAGAAAAAAGUUCACAAUCGUCCCAGAGUCAACAUUUCAAACUCUACAAGAUUUAGACGCGCUUCUGCAUAUGCCACUACAUCUGAAGCUCCACUUUUGGAUGAUUCAUCUUUCGAAGAAGAUUCUGAUUCAGAAGAUACAAUUUCAUCACCUCAAUUUAGUUCCUUCGGUGAGGACGUCCAUUCAGAUGAACAUACUCCACUUAUUAAUGCUUCUGCUGACCAAUCAAGUGCUUCAUCACUUAAGCGAAUGAAGAUGACUGCCUCAAUCCGUGAAACUUUGGAAAGCUUUCUCACAAAUGUAUCAGGUUCUUAUUCCAGAGGUCAUAGUUCAUCUGAGCAUGAACAGGGAACUAACAAUGUUAAUACAGCCGUGGAAUUACAACCUGAAUGUUCUCAGAUUGUUGCUGAAUCUCUCGCAACAGGUUUUUCACUUCCGGUUGGUGUUACAUACUACUUAUGUCGACCGACGUAAGUAGCAUACACUACACUCGUUCACCCUUUAAACAGUCGCUCUUGCGGUUGUUCUGCUCGCCGUGCUACCUUCUUUGCUAAAAUCUGUGCUACGCUCCCCGUUAAAAUGUCGAGUCUGCCGGUAUGCUGACCUCCAUAGCAAUGUUGAUAUAAGUAGCAUACACCACAAUAUCACUUCAUAAUGUAAACUGUAUUUGAUCCACUGAGAAACUUAAUAACCUACCUAGCGCCAUGUUGUUUCAUCAUUUACUGCCUUCAUGGUAUAUGCAAUAAAUCUAUUUGCAUACAAACAUUGUUCUUCACAAAUAACAUUCAUAUACUUUUUUCGACAUUAAUAGCUCAUUAGUUUGAAUCAUAAAUUCUGCUCUAAUCUACGCUUCCUUAAUUCAGCUUACCUAUCAGAUGGUUAUCACACAUACAUUUUGAUGAUUUCUAGCUUCAUAAUACACAAAUUUUUCCAAAGUUGCUUUAUAUUAUUUAUAUGAAGUAUUCUCUUUAUCCUUUUUAUUGUGUUGUAUUUUCUCAUUAGGUAAACAGUGUAGUGAAAGUGACACUGAAUCUGGACUAAAUAAUGAAAUCAAUGAUAGUCAAUCAACUUCUGUAAUGAUUACUCAUGUUAAAGUACAUACGGAUGAAUCUCAUGUUUAAGUAGCAUUCAUAUAUACAUAGUGUAUCCUGUUUUUAUUUGUUUGUCUUAACCACUUUAUUUUUGCACAAUUCACAAUAAUGAAUAGUAAUGAAAUUGUAUUAUCAAAACCAUUGAGUUUUAAAUACAGAGCUAUUUGUUUCUCAUACUUAUUUUUAUUAUCCUCUUUUUUUUCUAUUGAAAAGAAUAAAAAGUUAAACCUUUAUCAGUCGAUUUAAUUCUCUCAUAUACGUUUGCAUAAUUAAUGGGUAAUUUGUAUAUUUUUUUAAUCUCCGUUGUUGACGGACUAAUUGGUUGGUUUAAAUGAUUGAUUGAUCAAUUGAACAUUCAGACAAUUUUUUCUUUGUUUUGAAUAUUGUUCGUUUAUUGAUGCAUUGUGUUACUAUUGUGUUUGUGUUUAUUUGUUUGACUGUUAUAUCCUAUCAGAUUUCGAUUGUCAGAAUCAUCAUAACGCAUUUCAUAUAAUUAUGCAUACACAUAUUUGGCCGUGUAUAAAUACGAUUUCACUGUAUUGAGAUUUAUAACUUGGUUUAAUUAACAUUAUUAUACGUUAAUUUUCUUACCGGUCAACUGAUUACUAAUUAAUCUGUUCUUCAUAGAAUUAGAUAAUAUCUUAUUUUGUGAUCUCUUUUUAUCAUUUACCUUAUUUUUCACGAGCUUGUUUAGAAUAAAAUGAAGUACUUUUAUCUAUAGAGUUGUGUUUGUUAUUCUAUGAUUGAAGACGAUAGUUGUUUAGACUAGAAAUCACCUUAUAAUACUUUUUUGAAAUAAUCAGUUUAGAGAUUUCGCUAGUUGGAUUUUUGAGGCAACAGAUAAAAUAGUUCCAGUUUCAUAAUGUAUCUGCCACUUGCAGCACUAUGAAGAGCAAAAUAUAAUUGAUAUUAAUAAUCAACAGUCUCAUCAAAUGAUUUCUGUGCAUUCAGGUUCAAAUCUUAUUUAUAUCAUACAACAGAGUAGGUAAUGGCUAAGGAUUCGUAAUUAUUUGUCAAUCAUCCCUUUGACUGUACUCACAUACUUUCUUAGACAGCUACAUUUUUACAAAACAAUUGUCUGCAAUAUAGUAGUUUAUUUCUUAGUAGCGACAUAUAUCAAAUGUCACCUUGUGACUAACCUAUUAGUAUUAUUUAUAUAUUUGAGUAAAUAAUUUCCUUAUAUCUCGAAGGGUUACCAGUUUUGAGAUGACUUCAAUGCUAUAUUUUCACUAAUAUGUUAGUGCUAACUAGUAUCCUAUAACUAGAUUGCAAAAUUAACUAAGUUUUAACUUUGUGCUAACCCAUUUAUUGUUAGUGCAACGGCCGUGGUUGCUACCUUGACGUGAUGGUCGGUCUAGCCUAUCGUGACGACUCAACCUAGUUAUGUUGGUUGUAACACAUGUUCCUUCAAUUCCUACGAUGCCAGGUAGAUUGGUUGGAGAACUGUGAGACUAAAAAAAGCAAAUUAAGGUCCGAGGGCUAAGUCGUACUGCUGACUGUUGAGGGGUGUGACAACAGUAAG